AUGGAGAGUCUCGACAUCAACUCCUCCGACUUCGAGGGCCUCGACGAUGUGAACGGGGAUGACAUCUUCGCUCCAAACGCCAACAUUGGCCAACGUGUGGCUGCGAAGAUCAUUGCGAACCAGGCCAUCGAUCGCCCGCUGUCGAAGAAGAACGCGCGAAGUGUAAAGUUUGCACGCGGUGCACCGAAGACACGCGAGGCUCAGCAAAGCGUUACAGUGAUAUGGGACGCGUUCUGCGCUACAGUCAAGCACGAUCCCAAAACAUGCCCGUCUGGAGAAUUGAUCCUGCGAUUCAUCGACACCAGAGCCAGAAGCACUGUACCCGGUAUCAGAGGCAAGACUGCUCCGUCCCUCUCCGUGGUUCGCGGCUUUUGGCGACGCCUUAUCGACCUCCUCAUCUUCCGUCAUGAAGACAUCCGUCAGCACUACACUCCCUACUGGGUCAAUCGCAUUGGCAUGCAUCUCGAUCAGCUGGCCACCAAGAAAGACCUCGUGCGAGGCUUGUGGCAGAAGCGACAAUGGCUUGGUUUCAAGGUCAUUCUCCGAAUGGCACAGAUCUGGAUCGAUCGCGCUAUCGACGAGGGCUGCAUCUCGUGGGAUCGGACUCUUCUCAAGCUCCUUGGCGUUGUGCUACAGUCGGCGUGUUCGUCUCGUUCUGGAGAUAUCGCUCGAUCUACGCUGUACAAAGGCUUGGAGUGCCUGUGCUGGAAGCAUUUGCAACUCACGAUCAAGGACCCAGACCAGCCGCUAAGCGUGCAGAAUCUGACCCUACAGCUCUGCUACAGGAACAUUCUCAACGACGACACCGACAUCUUCAUUGAACCCUUGGAGCACCCUGGUCAGAGUGUGGUCUGCGUCAUCAAGCUGCUGCUCAUUAUUGCCCUCAGAUUCGGCCGUGUGAACCAUACCUCUUUGGCGGACCUGUUGGCCGAGGCCUCGGACAGAUUUGACAAGUCAGUUGUGUGGAAAUAUCCGGAAGCGCCCGUGCUGUGCCAGAUCGCCCGCGGGACGUCGACAUUGGCCUUCGACAAGCCCGCGCAUCAGAGUCAGAUUCUUCACGCUGUGCAAGAAAUGGCACUGACGGCCGGUCUUCUUGCCCCAGUCGACACUCGUUCCAUACGCAAUGGCUCUAUUCGCGACGCCGCCUACUUGAAGAAAUCCAUCAAUGGCGUCUCGGACCGGGUCACAGCAUUCGUUGCCAACCAUACCACCAAGGCGCUCGACAAAGGCACCAAUCAGAACUAUAUCGGUCCACUGCAGCAACCAAUAUUCAACAUGAGGGCAGAGGACCCCUUUGAGAACCGCCUGGCCCCAAAGUUCUCUGACACGCCUUUCAGCAAGGACACCAAGUACUCAACUCUGCAGAUUGACUCGUACAUGGACCAGCACGGCAUGGACAAGACCAAUUUACUGGAGCGAGCCAAGGCAGGCAAGCACAUGAAGCAGGCUGCCACUCAAGCUUGGAUGGAAGAACAGAAAAAUGCAACGGUGACAGAACCAGCGCCCACGAAGCCGAAGAAGCAGGCUUUGCGUCAGCAGACCACGAGCGAGAUCAAUGUAGUCAAACCGCCAGCGAAGAAGGUCAAUACCGCAACUGGCUCCGAGAAGUCAACGAAGUCCUCAUUGUCUGUGAGUGCUCGGCACACAAUUCCGGAGGACAUGCAGAACAUCGACCCGCGACUGCUCUUUGACGACAUGCAAGAUUUAGAGGUCAAUGAAGAAGAGCUUGGCUACAUCUGCGACAUGAUUCAGCCCGUGAUCAGCAACGAUCCUGUCACUGGGCCUACAGACCAGGGAAGCGAGGAAGAUGUAGAUGACGAAUCUAUCGAACAAGCUCUGGCAGAUGAGGUCUUGCAAAUCGACAUGGCAAACUCUGUUGGCCCGGCCGAGACAGAAGCACCAUCCCUCCUUACUGGUAAUGCUUUCGUCGACAAGUUCGCGGCGAUCAACGUGUACCGGCUGAAGCGAUCGUUUGACAGCAAUGAUCCCAACAUCGUCGCCAAAUACAUCCCCACUGGCAACAGCAGGGAGCCCCCAACCGCAUACCUCUACUAUUGCAGCAAGUGUCCGUAUGGAAGCCGCUGGCAAAAUGUUGUUGAGUCACAUGAGGUGACCUGUGGCGGGGACGACCACAAUGAUGAAGACGCAUCAUUGGUCAAGACUACUAGUACCUUCGACUGCCACUACGCUGAUUGCGGCAAGUCGUACACCAAGGUCACCAGCUUGCAGUCACACAUCAGCACCAUUCAUGAAUUCAAGCCGAAGACCUGCUGUGCCCUCAGUCCGCUGAAUGCGGCAAGACAGAGGCUUACACCAACAAGACCGCUUUCAAGUUGCACAUGA